GGGGGCCCAUGAUCCCCUAUUGCCCGGGGGCCCCAUGAGUUGUCAGUCCGCCCCUGGUGCCACCUGUCAGUGUCCAUCAGUGCCAGCUGUCAGUGCUCAUCAGUGCCACGUGUCAGUGACCAUCAGUGCCACAUCAAUGCCACAUAUCAGUGUCUACCAGUGCACAUCAAUGCUACAUAUCAGUGCCCAUCUGAGUUUCCUUUCAGUGUCACCCAUCAGUGUCAGUCAGUGCCACCUAUCAAUGCCAAUCAGUGCCACCUAUCAGUGCUGCCAAUCAGUGCCACCUAUCAGUGCCAGUCAGUGCCGCCUAUCAGUGCCCGUCAGUGCUGCCUAUCAGUGCUCAUCAGUGCCGCCCAACAGUGCCAGUCAGUGCAGCCUAACAGUGCCAGUCAGUGCCGCCUAUCAGUGCCAUAUAUCAGUGCUGCCUUUCAGUGCCCAUCAGUGAUGACUGUCAAUGCCCAUCAGUGCCACCUACCAGUGCCUCCUCAUCAGUGCCCAUUAGUGCCACAUAUAAGUGUCCAUCAGUUCAGCCUAUCAGUGCCCAUCACUGCAGCCUCAUUAGCGCACAUCAGUGAAGGAGAAAAAUCACUUAUUUUCAACAUUUUAUAACAAAAACUAAAAUAAACGGUUUUUUUUUCAAAAUUUUCAGUGGUUUUUGGUUUGUUUAAGAAAAAAAUAA